UGUACGUCGUUUCCCAAUGGCACUUCGUGAAUAUGAUAAUGAUAUUUCUCCUCGCGAACGCUCACUCCCUCCAGGCCAUGUCUGCGAGCAUUGUCAACGGUAAUUACCGACCGACCGAGCCGAAAUUGGGCGAGUUUCCCUUCCAGGCGAGCAUUCUGCAGAAGUUGAAGGAUGGGAGUUUGCACAGCUUUUGCGGUGGCAGUUUGAUCCACCACAAGUGGGUAUUAACGGCCGCCCAUUGCAUUCAACUGGAUGAAACCACUCCACCAGCUAAACCAAAGGAGACUUUUGUGGCGCUGGGCAGCGUAAUGAGAAACGCCAAAGACGCCCAAUUGAUCGGCGUGUCCAAGAUGGUGAUACAUCCGAGCUACUUGUCAACUGGCGGUAGGAACGACAUCGGGGUGAUCGAGCUAAAAACGUCGGCGCGUUUAGGACGAAAUGUAAAACUUAUUAAACUUCACACCAACAAUGCUGAAUCUUUAAUAGGGACGACGGCCUACUUAACAGGUUUCGGCAUAACGAACGAUUUCUAUCAGGAACCUACAAGAAUGAGGAAGGCUACAAUGCAUAUAAGUGAUUACAAUAAGUGUAUGGGGGAGGAGGAGUACAAGAAGGUGGAAAUUUGCGCCGCUUCCAGCAUUAAAGAAGGCAAAGCAUGCAAAGGAGAUAGUGGCGGUCCGUUGACCAUCCUUAAAAAUGGCCGAUAUAUUCAAGUCGGGAUUACAAGCCAUUUAGCAAUUUUGCCGUUCUGCAGAAUAUCUUUUAAUAAUUCAGUCUAUACCCGGGUUUCUGCUUAUAUAGCAUGGAUCUCCAAGAUUACCGGAAUAGAUUUCUCCAAGUUUAAUCCGCCGACACGCUGAACCUGUCCAUCAUCGCUUUUAUUAAUGCUUCCAACUAUUUGAAACUUAAUUUUGUUUUACCAGAUAGAUACAGAAAGAUUAAAUAUAAUAUACUCAUUGAA